GGGACCAUUGUUUGGGAUCAUUAAUGUACAACUCGUCAGUGUUAACAGCCUCCCCGCUCCUGAGCCUCCUCCUGGACCAGCGGAGUCAGCAGCUGGUCACUGGCUGUGCGGAUGGCCAGGUUUGGAUCUUCAGUUUGGCUGAAGGACACCAUUAUCGCUGUGUGACGCAUGUUGACCUGAGGAAAGAGAGAGAGAGUUUCUCCAGCAGGAGGGUCAAGUCCAAGCUAUGAUGCCAGCCGGAAGACAGUCAGCCAUCCUCCAUGAAGGCACCAGACACAGGAGAAGAGGUUGAGGUGACACUUCCUGUCCUGAACCUGGUGCCCUGUGACUGUGGACUGAGGGAUGUGCACGUGCGGGUGUACCACCGGGAGGAUUUAGAUUCUUGUUACCGCAAGAACUCCUGUGUCUUAUUGACUUCUCCACUGUCUCUUGGACUUGUUAAGGAAGAAAGUACUAAGCUGGCUACUCAGAAACACUCUGCUGCUCGGAGUGCUGUAAAGGACCACCUGCUGGUUUUCCACAGUAAAGUCCAGUCGUCGGGCUACACGGCUGCCGCGAGUGUAGCUGUGUUUUCACCAAAGACUAGUUUCAAGAAUGAUGGUAAAAGAUCUUCAGAAUGCAAGAACAAUUACAGAUGUAAAGAGUACCCUUUGGAGAGUCCUCUGCCAAGCAAGCUCAGCGAGCAGCUUGCCAUGGCCCAUGACCAAACUGUGUUGUGCUCUGUGUUCAGUAUUCAGUGGAUUCCUAAAGGAGAUGGACAGCGGCUGGCCUGUGGCUUAGUCAGCCACUUGUCCCUGGUCUUCAAUGAUGAUCUUGCUGGGACACCUGCUGUUUUUUCAGGUCAGGAUGGCGCAGUGAGCGCUGUGUGCUGGAGCCUGGAUGGCAGGUGGCCACUGUCUGCUUCCCGGGAUGGGAUGCUGCAGGUGUGGUUGGCCCGCAGCACGGAGCUGGCGCUGCGUCUGGGCAAAGACACAUUUCCUAAGCCUGUAGAGUCUGUGCAGUUUUAUUACAUAGACGUGUUUAUUUUGUUGUCCUCAGGCCCUGAGUUUCAGCUGCUCAAGUAUCGCAUCAAUACCAGCAAGGACGAAAAAAAAAAAUACCAGCAAGGACGACGUGCGAAGGAGAGAACAGAGCAGCUCCAGGAGACCAUCCUCCAGAUUCCACACACUCUGCCCCAGUGUCUGCCGUGGCUCCUGUCCUCCCAGGUCCUGGCUCUUCGGCGGAGUCUGGACCAGAGACUCAAUGGGGGCGAUGUGGGGAGGUCGUGGGGGCUGCUGCAGGCCAGACAGGUGGUGGCCUGUGACUGA